AUGGUUAGCCACAGCUCACCAAACAAGAGGGACACAUCGUCCUUGUCACCAAUAGGCAAUAUCAUGGGCUUAACCGAACAUACAAUGGUUCGUCGUCUACCAGCUCAUUUGAAAGGAGUAGCUAAAGCAGUUUUUGAUAGUAUAACUAAUCUCGAAAAGCAAGAUUGGCGAUGUGCUGUUUCUAAAUUACAACAACACUUCUCCACAGAACAUCAUCUUGAUUUAGCUCGAGAAAAACUUAUGGACAUGAAAAUGGAUCCGUCCGAAUCUCCUAUUGUAUUUUCCAACAGAAUACGACGAAACAUUUUGGACGCAUAUCCAAAUAAUGACUAUAAGGAAAAAUGUGAUUUCCUUCAAACAGCCAUUUUUACCAACGGUCUUCUAUCCACCAUCAAGCAAAAACUCAAACUGCUCGGUCCCUUUCCCUCGGAUUACAACCAAUUGCUUACAAGCGGAACGUAUCUUCAACCUAACAAGUCCUGA